AUGGGGAAAACGAGUGAUAGACUACUUCCCACAAGCCCGGGUGGUUUCAGAUUUCACCUGGUAUUAGCAGCUUGGACGAUGCUUGCACCCCUCCUAAAGUUGCUUCUUCUACAGCUAUUGAACUACAGUCUUGUCGACACGCAAGUUAAUAAGACAGAGUCGGUGAAGCUGAGAUUUGAGAAUGGCAACAGUCCUUGCGCCGGCAGAGUGGGAAUUCAUUACAAAGGACUGUGGGGGACUAUGUAUGAUACUAACUGGGACCUGUUGGAUGCUACUGUUGUAUGUCGGGAGCUGGACUGUGGGACUGCAGUCGCUGCCCCACGUUUUUCUCAUUUUGGACCAGGAUCUGGACCCAUUAUGACUGGAAAUGUUCACUGCAGUGGGACUGAACGCGCUCUGCGUGACUGUCCGUCUGAAACAUGGCGUCACUACAAAAAACCACACUCUAGUGAUGCUAGUGUCAUCUGUUCAGCCAAUAGUCGUUGGCCCAGUAGAAACGUGUCGAAGGCAGAAGCAUACUCGUAUUUCUAUUCGAGUAUCGCUCGUCUGCACCUCCUCAAGUACCAUGACACCCUCUGUGAAUUAUGUGAUGCACCUAAUCAGACACAGCGCUUUGCUAUCGGUCUGAGGACAACUGGAUAA